AUGGAUAUUUCCGCAACUACAUUGGGGACGCAGCUCGGGCCAGGGAAAAUGACGGAGGUAGGAUCACCGAGACUGGAGUCCUGCGUUGAUACCAGCCGAGAACGGCCGGCCACACAAGCAGCGAGUGGUUCAGAGCCUGAGCACCCGCUGGUUGGACAGACGGAAUCGAGCAUCGACGUCGCACCCUUGGACAAGUUGGAUCUACUUGCAGUGCGUCAGGGAAGCUUGACCACACUCAGUCUCGGCGCCUCCACUAUCGCACCUGUCCAGGCAGGACCGGCUAUCAUUCAGCUUGAAUACACGGUGGGCAAGAACGGCGGUAUGCAGAUUCUUUAG